CAGACCCUUGAAGGUCCCCAGAAAGCCUCCCCGGAUCUCCCUGGGCUGCGGGGGAGGGGGGAGCCGUGAAAAUUUUUUCUAUCCGGCCCCUCCGGGUGGGAGGUGGCGUUGCAGAGGGGCAGACAAAGGCGAGCCAUCGGAGGUGUCUUCCCGGACAGGUGGGGUCCCUCCACGUUCCUGGCUACUCUUGGUCGCAGCUGGCCCCUAGCAGCGCUCCCGGCGCUCCGCUCAGGAUGCGCGCUUGGAGACAGCUUUGCGCCCGGGCGGCAAUCCCCCGCUGGACGGCGCCGCCUUGCCGGGACCCCAGAGACCGCAAAGAAAGGGCGGGCGUGGGGCGAGCUGGCAUGGUCUUCUACCACGCCGCAAGCACCGAGAAAGGCGCUUUGGGAAGCGAAGCGAGCAGCCUGUCGAGGCUCUGGCAGUCCUCGGGACAACAGCCAUCCGGGAGCUGGAGUGGGGCGGACAACCCGCCACCGGCUGCAGCGGGCUCUGCCUGCCUCGCUCCUCAGUUUCCCUUGCUCCGUUGUCUGAAGCCCUCCAAGCGGAAGGCGCGCGGGACUCCCGCCUUUGGUCGGAAGUGGGGCUCGCCCUCCCGGGGAGGCUUCGGGGAGGGGGCCGACCCUGGCGCUGGUGCCGGGGGAGCCGGACCUCCCGAGCCCGGAGGCAAGCAGGGAGGCGACCGGAACACUUACCGUCCGGGAACCGCUGGCGAGGCGAGGUAAACCAAGAUUGACCAAGAGCCACUGCUUGGCUGUGAGUUCACAAUACAUACGACAAACAAACAAACAACCGACAAAGACACAACCAACAGAACUAGAAGCUGGCAUGGCAAAGCAGCCGACUCUGCAGAGCAGCCAAGGACCACGGUCUCACUCCAAGGACAUAACGAUCACACCAUUCAUGGACAUAAGUAAAAGCUGUUCACAGAAUCACGUUUGGGUUCUGAAUUAACCAGUUUUCAGAGCUUUCCCAAAGUAGCCCAAAGGGCUGGAUUCACACAGAACAUAAAGAAGGAGAAGCCAAGGUUUAAAACCAACGUAGUUUUAGAUCAGUUGUGUGACUGCAGCCAGUCAUUCACUGACCUGGUUAAGUCUUUCCUACCAGCCCAAUCAUCGUCUCCUGGGCUGCCUGUCUGUUGGUGGAUAACAAUAUGGGCUUCCUUGGAGAAAAGUGGAGGAAGUGGCUUUUGAAACUGUUUUUAAAUGUUUGGAAGCUUAGAGCAACCACUCAUCUUUGAAAGUGAGAUCUGAAUGAACACCUUGAGAGAGGCUCAUCUCUUACCUUUGCAGGCGAAGCCUUGAGCCCCGAAUGGUUUUCCAGAAACCGUGAUCUCUUCUUCCCGGGGACAGGUCAUCUUACCUGGCGCUUCCUCAGAGAGCAGAGAGGGGACUGUUGAGCCUCUCCCUCAUUGGCAAUAGAGACGGAGAAGAAGCAGGAGCAGCCCUGGCUGACCAGAGGAGCCAAGGAAGGACUGCAUUUGGUCUCCCCUGUGGUCUUCCAAGUUGAAGGGUUAGACACGGACUCUCUGUUCUCAAGGCAAGAAAGCAGAGAGGAAAAUAAUUAGGUUUGUAUUCCUAGGAUCCUCCUCUUUCUCCAGUUUCGGAGCCGAUGCAGUCUAUCUGAGAAGCCAAACAAGUCACUCUGGUGGGAGCCCAGCAGCGACGUCCUGAAGAGACUGCAACCCUCUCUCUCCGCCAGCCGAGCAGAAGACCUUCGCGAGGGAGAACAACAGGAAGGAGAGGAACUGGCCUUGGACUCGGAAAGGUUCCUGCAGCACCUUGGAGGCAGCAGAAGCAGCCGGGCCCUUCCAGAGACACGUAUUUCAAUUUCACUUGGAGGAGGGGAAAAAAAAAAGAUGGAAAGGGAAAACACCGAUUUUGCUCCUAAGGAAAGGGUGCAGAAAUAUUUCAGUGAAGGAAAGUUUAAAAAAAGAACUCCUAGAUUAGUAAGUUCUGCCACCUCCACCCCUGCCAGGCUCCAUGUGAGUUCCAGCAGUUGGUCUGGGAGUGAGAGGAACAGCCCGGAAGAGUUGCCUUUCUCUGGCUUCCUCAAGGCCACCUGGCUGAGACAAAGGGGCUCCAACCACAUGAGGCUCUCCCUUCUUUACUGAGUCACUUAAGAAAGAGCCCUCUCUAAUUUGCACAGGGCUCAGGCUGGUGCCCAAAUUGCUCCAGUGCCCUACAAGGAUGCUGCCGCUAGAGUGGUAUUUUUCAACCUUGGCAACUUUAAGAUGUGUGGACUUCAACUCCCAAAAUUCUUCAGACAGGCUAGGGAAUUCUGGGAGUUGAAGUCCAUGCAUCUUAAAAUCUUAAAGCCCAGGGAAUUCUGGGAGUUGAAGUCCACGCAUCUUAAAGUUCCCAAGGUUGACAAGCGCUGCUUUAGUCGACUGACUGGUGAAAGGGAAGGUGUUUUCUUUAUUGGGCUUUCAACGGUAGAACUCCCCGCUGGUUGAAACAUGCACCCCUUUCAUUAAUGUCAUUCAUGGUUUCAUUUGAUUCUCAUGCAGCUCCUUUACAAUGGAAAAUUAUAGGCAUUUUUACUAAAUCUGUAAUACAAUAACCUGUUUUCUCUCGCUUGUCAGAGUUUUUGUUUAAUGUUUGGUACUUUUUUAACAGCAUUCAUGUACAUGUAAAUAUAACCACAUUGGUUCAAGGAGAAGUGACGUGCGUAAGAAUAGGUUUCAAGGGGAAUGCGUUCUGCGAUGAUACUUAUUUUCACUCCAAAUCCUUGCCAGAUACCAUGCCAGGAACAACAUGCAGUGAAAUUGUGGCUGUGUGUUCUAGAAGUCUCCAUUCCUCAUUUCAGACUCUGAGAAGGGCUGAGGGGUCCACAUUCCCCAUCAAAGAAAGGCAGCCCCCCUCUGUUCAAUGUAGGGCAGUCAGAGUCGCUGAUGGAAGUCAGGAGACUCUCUGCAAGAGGGCAGCCCCCCCAGGGACAAGGGAGCAGAGAGGGUUAGACAGCAGCCU